GCAGGUAGCAAUAUUUUUCUCGAUUGGGAAGUCCAUUAUCCACGCUUUCUCAUUUCACCGGCUCAUAUUUAUCAGAGCAUCGUGGCUCUUAUCCGCAAGCUAUGGCUGCCGCCCUCCUCUUCACCGCCAUUCCAACCACCGCUUCUCUCUCACUUCAUUCUUCAUCGCCGUCGUCAGCUUCCUCUUUGCUCGCUCAUCCACUCCUGAGGUUUGAUAGAACUUGUUAUGGCACGGCAUCAAGAUCCUACAUCAAUCCCCGGAUUCUUGCAUCACAUAUUUUCAAAGAGAGAGAUGCAUUGGUUUCAAAUGCAGCUUCCAGUGUGAGUGACAAUGGUGAGCCUCCCUCAGAGAGUAAUGAGGAAAACGUGCCCGUUGAGGACCUGCCUUUAGAGUCCAAGCUUCAGGAAGCUGUUGAGCGGAAAAUGAGAAUUAAAAUGGCAAAGAAAAUCAGAAUGAGAAGAAAGCGGCUAAUGAGGAAACGUGCGUUGAGGAAGAAGGGAAGAUGGCCGCCUUCGAAGAUGAAGAAAAACCAGAAUGUUUAGCCUGUUAUGUGAUCUUCCUGUUGAAAAUAUUUUGUUCGAUAUGCAUCUGAAUUGAAAAGAAAUGAAAAUGUUCUGUUUUGUACUGAUAGGUACUUCUGUUCCUACUACCAAUACAAUUGCUGAUCUUUCUGAGAAAGUGCAGUUAAGGUCAUUCACUAACUCAAAAUCCAGAUCAGUGUUUGCUAUCACACAAUAACUCUUUGUUUUGUAAGACGCUUUUCUUCUAAUUGUCUCUUCUCUCUUUUUUCAGGCUUCUUGGUUAGGUUAUUCUACCAAGCCUAACUUAUUUAACUAAACCCGCAGAAUUAGCUAAAAUCAUUUUUCUCUCGUCUUUACAAACCUGCAUUACACAACUUUUACUUUCUUAUUUUAUUUUUCUUAUUUUAUUUGACACUCAAAUUUGGUAAAAUUUCAAAGGACAAGAGAGUAUAUAUUGACAUUAACUAUUUGGGUUGAGUUUAUGUUAAAAUUCAUGGUGGGCUUAUCACUAACUAUAUCACAAUUUUAAUACUAUCGUAGUAGUAUAUUAUCAAUCAUUUGGGGUUGGCUCUAGCAUGGGGGAGUUAGGAUGUUUUUUACUUUGAUUGUUUUCAGUUUCACACCAAUUCAGGCCAGACCAAACCGGACUAGACUUAAACAGAUCAGACCAGCAAAUAUUAGUUCAAGUAAAAACAUCCUUAGGCUACAUCCGCCCUUGGUUAUUGUGGUCAAUCUUCGAGAUGAUAAGUACGGUAUACGGUUGAAGUUUUGAUAUUUUCCUUGAACCUUACAUCUUUUAUGUGAGGUAACAGACUUAGAGACCCCGUGUGCUGCCCAACUGCACGAAUCACUGUCUUCAAAUCCGGCCUCUAACACAAAAAACUUUCCUGAAAACUGAACAAUACCAUUGCUUGCAGGUCAGACUUGGUCCAAAGAUAUCUGAUGCAAAAAGUGGAUGACACACAAUAUUCCUUAAAUAGCAAAAACUUCUAUCCAUAAGGAAGACCCACUUACAUCCAAUGACAAACUUAAAUUCCAAGCUAUGCGAUGAGAGGGAGGCUCUAGUCUAGUUUGAAGCAAGGAAAUGUAUGCCCAGAACUGGCCGAAAGUUUCAUAAUGAACAAGUUUCGGAUAUUGGAACUUGGAAAUGAAAAGUUCUUUUUACACACGCCCCCCAUUUAAAACACCUCCUAUUUUGUUUGCAUUGACAAUUUGCCACUUUUUAUGAUGUAGUGUACGUGUCACCACAAAAUUUGGGAAAUAACCAUUAAGAAUUUUUUGUAUAGAUGUCACACGCAAUUUAGGGUGUGUAAACAUGUGUGUAUACAUGAAGCCGCUUUGUUUGGAAUUUGGAAAUGUUUACAUAUGAAAAAUCUAAAUCUAAUCAGGAGAUAUUCCAUCGACAGGGCCGUUUUUUAGCAUGUUCAUUAGGUUCGACGGAACAUGGC